AGAAGAAUGAGAAUGAAUCUAGUGCGGCAAAAUGGUUUGAAAAUGCAUCAUAUCGAAAUGCACCAAAAUCCUUUGAAAAUGCACUAUCUUAAAAUCUGAGUGCAGGAUGCAAUCUGAGCCGCACGAUGCAUCAGAUCCAACGGCUAGAUUUCAUUCUCAUUUCUCUCCACAAGAUCUUGCCUUGAAAAGAAGUUCCAAGCGCAGCAAGAAAUCUGUUGUAAUGGCUUCACCGAUUGGAAGAAGUGGUAGAUUGCAGCUUGCAGAGAUUAUGAAAAGGCCAAAAGUACACGCUGCGCAUGUCGACCUGGGCGAUGAUGACGAAGAUUCUGUGGAAGAUGGUGGUGCAAAUGGGAAUGAUAAUGCUGGUUCAGAUGUGUCUAGAGAUGAUGCAGUGAGUGGGGGAGAUGAAGGCGGGAAUGCAGAAGAGGAGACUGACAGUGAUGAUGCAUUUGAUGACCCACCUCGGAAGACAUCAACUGACUCUUCACCGAGUGCUUCGAGGAAGAAUGCUGCAACAGUAAAGAAACGAAAGAGGGAGGGGAUAACCAAAUUGAAGGAGAAGUACCUACGAAUUCAGUCAAGAGCUUCUCCUAACGUUUUGCAAAAAGUGGUUGAAGCUCUGAACGAAGUUUCAGAGGCGAGAAGUUGUGAGAAUUGGGAUCAGUUGAGGGUAGAGAUCGGAAGGAGAGACAACAAGAUCACCCCUUUAGAACUUAGUGAAAAGGUACUGCAAUAUACUGAUGGUGGUAUGUGGUUUGUUCGUCUUUUCGUGUUGUUAGUCGUGUCAGUUUUGGUUGAUAGCCCGAGUCAUGGGUACGUAAACAAUUGGGUAUUGAAAAGCUUGGAGGAUGUGGAUGGGAUUGCACACUUAAACUGGUGUGAAUAUGUGCACCGAGCAUUGAUUGAGAGUAGAGUGAAGUGGGAGAAGGGGAAUAGAAAAUACUAUACUGGACCUCUAUUGUGCUUGUUGGCGUUCUACGUGGACCGAGUGGUGCUCUAUAGAAGGGACGUUGAGAGGAUGUCGCCUGCAUUUCUGGGAUGGACAUCUAAGAUCCUGAGGGAUAGGGAAAACAAUGAGGUCAGAGCAGGUGGAUUCAGGUUGGGGUAUGACGAUGGUAGAUUUGUUGGUGAGGUGAUGGAUGCGAGCUCUGGUGACACAGAUGUUGAGGCAGGUUUAGAACAGGAUAAUGUGGAAAAUGAAAAGGGAAGAGUUCUGGCUACCACAAUCAUCGACCCAGUGUCGUUGAUUGAGAGUGCACCACCUGGUACCAUGGAGAAUGAUGUGUUCAAGCAGUUGCAGCUUGCAGCGGGUAGAUUAUUGGGUCUGGCACAACGUAGAGGUGGUGGAAGCUUAGAAACACCUGAUGGAGGAUUUUCUGAGGUGACUUAUGAUGAAGGUUUCUGGAGCGACCCUGCAAACAUAGAUCAGUUGGUGGAGAAUGAACAGGCACUACUGACACGUUCAAAAUACAAGAAGAUCAUGGAGGAUAUGCCAUCGUUCAGUCUGGGGUUCUCGCAAUUGGAUGGAGAGAAUGAGAAUGUGAAUAUUGAUGGUGGUGAUAUGGGUGCUUGCAGAAAAACACCUAGCACUCCUGCAGUUCGGGUUGUGAAUGAGCCGGAGAGUAACCCUGGGGUUGAAAAUGAUUUCAUAACACCUGGAAGCAGGAAUAAGCCGGACAGGAUUGGUAUGACAUCGGUUGCUGGUGUGAGUGCAGUGGGUGAUGAAACUGUGCGAGGAACUAUUCCAGAAUGUUCAAAAGCAGUGCCAUGCAAUGUAGCAAGGAAGUUGGCUAGGACAUUAAAAUCUGCGGGCCCUUUGAGAUCACCCUACCUUACACGACCGAUAGAUCUUUCCGAUGGGUUAUCUGUCAUGGAGAGGAGGGUGACGAAUUGGGUGUUGCAGAGUCCAAAUGCUCCAAAGGAUGAAGCUGUUUUCAUGAAGGAUGGAUUGGAGUUGACAAGAGGUGAAAUUGCGUCGUUGGAUAUUGGGAAACAUAUUUCCAAGAGGGUGAUGGAUGUGUGGUCAACAAUACUCAACCACAAUGAGAAAUUCAGAAGUGGCGAAUCCCCGUUGCGUGUGUUUGCUAGGAGCAUGGAUUGUGUUGUAAAUGGGGAUAUAGUCGAUGUGUCUGAGGCGAACGUGAAGAACAUGUUUGCGAAUGCGCUGCUUCCUGCGUGGGAUGACAUGGCAGAUGAUUUCAACUGGGGGAAAGCUGAACUGUUUUUCUUUCCUAUUAUGCAACAGAACCGGGCAUAUGUGUUGUGUGUUGACCUAAAAAGCAGAAGUGUGACAUCCUGGAUAGCUCUUCAGCGAAAGCAAAAAACGAAGACAGAUAUGGUGAGGUUGUUGGGUGAUUUUCUUGAGCAGCAGAGGUUUGUUUACAAAGUUAUGAUGCAGCUUGGAGCAUUCCCCAUCGCAUUAAUGAAUGAUCUCAACAACCAUGAAUAUGACUCAGCGUCCUCGCUUGACAGGGAGAGAAGUGAGAGGAUGGUUGUGCUGUUCUUCGAAUAUGCUGAGAACGUAAGCAUCAUGUCCAAGGAUGUGAAAUGCAACACGUACCAUACAGCCUAUACGCUUAGAAAUGCGUCUUCUUCUUCCAGACCUGCUAUGUUAUAUGGGGCAGAGUGUUGGGCGGUUAAGAAGACUCAUGUGCGUCGUCUGCAUGCGGCGGAGAUGCGGAUGUUACGAUGGAUGUGCGGGAAGACAAGGUUGGAUAGGAUUUCGAAUGAGGUUAUCCGACGUCAAGUAGGUAUGGCACCGGUGGAAGACAAGUUGCGGGAAGCGAGGUUGAGGUGGCUUGGCCAUGUGAGACGGCGGGAUGCUGACGCCCCUGUACGGAGAUGCGAAAGGAUUACAGUUAUUGGGGGAAGUAGGGGAAGGGGUAGACCUAAGAAGAAUUGGGAGGAGGUGAUAAGACAGGAUUUAGGACUUCUCGACCUGACUGAGGAUAUGGCCCUAGAUAGGAACCUUUGGAGAACUAGGAUUAGAGUCGCUGGAUAGAAGCUUGGUGUUGUAGAGGUUGUUUUGUAGUGUGUUGUAUUUGUUGGGAAUCUUUUGCUAUUGUUUGUACUUGUUGCUUGUACUUGGUGCCUUAUCUGUGCUAUACUGUGUUCUCUUCCAUAUUUUUGUGCAGGUGGAGCCGGGGGUCUCUUGGAAACAGCCUCCCUACUUCCGAGUAGGGGCAAGGUCUGCGUACACACACCCUCCCCAGACCCUACUGUUGUGGGAUUCAACUGGGUUAUUG